UUUUAUAGUUCCUGUUAGCACAUCAGGGUCUACAUUUUGAAAAAUUUUAUGUUAGUUAUGGGCAGAAAAUGAAUCAGUCAGAGACAGAGUGGUGUGUUCCGUGUGGAAGCCAAAAAGAAAGUUGAUGACCUUUUUCGUCCUCACGGAAGCGCAGAAUCGUGAAAACGAGCCAAUACGACCAGUCUACUUUAAUUUCAGAAUUUUUCCGCUCGCGUUGAGGGUGAUAACGGUCUGAAAAAUUCACUGGAUUCCUUUUGAGAUUAUCUGCAAAAAUAAAGUUCCCGACGGGUUUACUUGGGACGAGGUCAGGGCCAUUGUUCUUGCCAGAUUUACACAAAUCGCUAAGUCCUUCGAGUCAGAGCAGCCUAUCGCGUCGCUUCCCGCUGUUCCCAAGUGCAUGUACGUUUUUGCGCGCCGUUUACACUUGGUCGAAUCUGCGAGCUUCUUCUUGAACCCAAGAAGCACUACGACCGCGGCGAUUAAUUCCUCCGAGCUUUCGAGAAGUGUGUUGCUGUCACGUGGACUUCGCCAAUAAUACUUCGCCAAUAAUGGAAACCGCUGAAAUGACGGGAGUGGAAGUCAACAAAACGCAGAACGGCGAUCAUUCUGCCAGCACAACCGAAAACGGUGUGGCUAAGGAGGAAAGCGCCACCAACGGAACAAACGGUCACACGCCGACGGAAAAUCAGGACGAAAUCGCUGCCUCGUCCUCUGUUGAAUCUGCUCCUGUUGGUGAAGAGGCCAGCGAGGACCAGGAAUUCGGUGCAAGAGACUCAGCAUCCAGUAAUACGCCCGUAUCCACUGAGCUGGAUCGGAAAUCAGCCGAUUCGCUGGCACUUAGCUCACUGGAUAGUGUGCCUGUACGAACGCCUCCUCCUCCUCCAUCUCCUCGAUUCGUAUCAGAUGUGGAUCUAUCGGAAAAACUACAAAAAACCCGCGCACAGAUUGUCCAAGAUAUCAGAUUGGAAAUCCAACAACAAUCCCGUUUCCACUCUAAAAUCCUAAUCACGGCGACUGUUGUGGCUGUUGUGGUGUUUGCGAUUUCUGUUUUAAGUGCUCACUUGGCCAUUGUGGCAUUACGAACUGCCAACGGAGUGGAAGUCUACAAAAUGCAGAACGGCAAUCGUUCUGUCGGCACAACCGAAAACGGUGUGGCUAAGGAAAAAAACGUCAGCAACGGAACAAACGGUCACUUCGAAGCGGACGCUGUGGUUACCAAGCACACGCCAGCGGAGAAACAGGAGGAAAACGCUGUCUCGUCCUCUGUGGAAUCUGCUCCCGUUACCGAGCAGGCUAACGAGGACCAGAAGGUCGGCAGCAGCACGGAAGAGGCGAAACCAGUUGAAUCUACUGCUGCGCCGACACCGAUUAGCAACGAGGCGGAAGCGGACGGUGGAGCACUCAAGACAACCGAGUCUGAGAACCGAGCUGAAGCUCCUAAGCGACAGCUGGAGGAGGAGGAUACGGUUGCCAAGAAGAUAGCCCGCAUGGAGAACGGCACUGCGGAUGAGGCUGUCAAAAAUGGAAGCGCGGAAGAGCCGACUACAGAAUCAAAGCCCGAAACUAACGGUAACCAUGAAGUAGCGCCUGCCAAAGCGGAAGAAGCGAAGGCGGAUACUGGCGCAAAAGAGAAGGAUGACGCUGUUGUCGCCGGCGAAGGCACUGCUGUGUAAUCCUGCUCCGUCGGCUUAUCAACGCUUCGAUAAUUCAUGCGCGUCCUCACUCAUGAACCUCGCUCUAACGGAUCUUCACAGCUUCUGCCCUAAUUUGUGAUUUUUACUGUUUAUAUUCAUGGAAGAAUUAUUGAGGCAUUCCUGUUCGCGUUUUAAGUGGUCUGGCUGAACUGUAAUAAGUAAGCAAGCACAUCAGUAGCUCAGUGGCUAGUUAUGUAGCGAACGUUAUGUAUAGGUACUUUUUGCUUAGUCGCGGCUGCGUUUUUUUUGCGUACUUGUUCCUGUCAAAAGCGAUCCGAUUUUGUUUUCUAUCCAGUACUGGUUUUCCUUUUUUGGCAUUUGUAUUAAAUAAACAUCUGUACA